AGCCAUAUCAGCAUGCCCAGCUGAGUGGGAGAUAAAGCUUAUAAAGAAUAAAACAAAAAAAAAACAGUUCUACUAAAAGGCGGAAUGCGUGCUAAGCUAAACAGUGGUCGCCGGCAGAGCGAGCGAGAGAAAAGAGCGGGAGUGGAGCGAAAAGAGCGGAAUGCAAGUGGAAAAUCACACAUUUGGCACUGCGAGUACGAGUGAGCACUGGAAUCGGAAUCGGAAUCCGAUUCGGAUUCGGAAUCAGAAUAGCAAUAGGGAAUAGGAAUAGGAAUAGCAAUACCCCAAUAGCAACCGUAAUCGCAACGCGGCCGGUUGACAUUGCGCUUGUCCCGUGAAUUUGGUCGAAUGCGGAGCAGCGAUUAUAACUGUAAACAGUAGUCAUAAUCCGAUCGGAGUGAUACGAGCGCCAGACUUUCGACACGAUGCAGUUUGUGGCUACAGAACACCCGCACCGGCGACUGAAUCCCUUGACCGGACAAUGGGUCCUGGUGUGCCCGCAUCGCACCCAACGCCCCUGGUCGGGUCAGCAGGAGAAGGCGCAGAAGAACGAGCUGCCCGAGUUCGAUCCCACCAAUCCCCUUUGCCCCGGAGUCACACGCCCCAAUGGAAUUGAAACUCCUGCCUACGAGAGCACCUAUGUGUUCGAGAACGACUUUCCGGCCCUGGUGGAGGUGGUGCCCGUGCCGCCCAACAGCGAUGAUCCCCUGUUCCAAAUAGCGCCCGCCCGUGGCAACUGCCGGGUGAUGUGCUUCCAUCCCAAAUCGAAUCUCACCUUGCCCACGAUGAGUGCAGCGGAAAUUGUCGUUGUUAUCGACGAGUGGAUCAGCCAGUUCAACGAGCUGAGCGCCAAGUACGCCUGGGUGCAGAUAUUCGAGAACAAGGGCGCCGCCAUGGGCUGCUCCAAUCCCCAUCCGCACUGCCAGAUCUGGUCGUGCUCGUUUCUGCCCACGGAACCGCAACUGAAGCAGGAACGUCUGCGUGCCUACUAUGCUACGAAUGAGCGACCCAUGCUGGCCGACUAUGUGGAGCGGGAGCUGCAGCGCCAGGAGCGCAUUGUCAUCGAGAAUCCCGACUGGCUGGUGGUGGUACCCUUCUGGGCCACCUGGCCCUUCGAAACUAUGCUAAUCUCGCGCAACAACAACAAGCGAAUCAAUGAUUUGACGCUGCAACAGCGAAAGAAUCUGGCCGUGACCAUGAAGGAGCUGACCACCAAAUACGACAACCUAUUCCAGUGCUCGUUUCCCUACUCAAUGGGCUGGCACGGAGCACCAACUGGACCGGAGCAUGCCCACGCAUCGAGUGCCCACUGGACUCUACAUGCCAUCUACUAUCCACCCCUGCUCCGUUCGGCCACCGUGCGCAAGUUUAUGGUGGGAUUCGAGCUACUGGCCAUGGCCCAGCGAGAUUUGACCCCCGAGCAGGCGGCCCAACGAUUGCGGGAGGUCGAUGGAAAGUGCCAUUACCUGGAGAAGUGAUUUCGCUUAGGUUAACUCUCUAUAUCAUCAAUCAUUCGUUUCGAUUAAAUAAAGGAAAACAAUCAAAUACGA